GGUGCUGGAGGGUAGAGACCAGUUUGAGAGAGGGUGAUCUGUCAGUGAAUCAGACUGUGUCUUCCUCAGAGGAGCCAUCAGCACUUUUGGGCUCUGAUACUGAAGAGAUGGGCUGAGACCACCUGGUACUUCCUUUCUGACUUUCGGUAGCAGGGAAAAACUAAAGACCUUGAAGAAAGUUGCCUGCUGCUCCUUACUCUGCAGUAAAAAUGCUGCAGAGAUGAGAUUAUAGCAAGCCCUUCCUGUGUGGCCUCCAUGGGUCCCACUCAACUCAGCACACAGGACCAUGGGAAGAGGGUGGCAAGUGUAUUUGAGAUGGAGGAGGAAGGCCUUUCAGUCUUCUCUGGCUCAGAGAACCCCCCUAAGCAUGCAGAAAAUCCCCCGCUGAAGCGGAAGAAGGGCCCGGCCCCCAAGAUGCUGGGAAAUGAAGUCUGCAGUGUGUGCGGGGACAAGGCCUCGGGCUUCCACUACAACGUGCUGAGUUGUGAAGGCUGCAAGGGCUUCUUCCGCCGCAGUGUCAUCAAGGGCGCCCAGUACGUCUGCAAGAACGGCGGCAAGUGUGAGAUGGACAUGUAUAUGCGGCGCAAGUGCCAGGAGUGCCGGCUGCGCAAGUGCCAGGAGGCAGGCAUGCGGGAGCAGUAUGUUCUGUCUGAAGAGCAGAUUCGGCUGAAAAAGCUGAAGAAGCAGGAGGACGAUCAGGCGCGGACAGUCGUGGUGCGUCCAAACCCUCCACAGCCACCAAGUCCUUCCCACCAGCUGACACCUGAACAGUUAAACAUGAUUGAAAAGCUUGUGGCUGCUCAACAGCAGUGCAACCAGCGCUCGUUCACUGACAGGAUCAAAGUGACGCCAUGGCCCCAAGUUCCUGACCCUAAUAACCGUGAAGCAAGGCAGCAGCGUUUUGCUCACUUUACAGAACUUGCAAUUAUCUCUGUGCAAGAGAUUGUGGACUUUGCCAAGCAACUACCUGGCUUCCGGGAGCUCACGAGGGAAGAUCAGAUUGCUUUGUUGAAGACAUCUACCAUAGAGGUGAUGUUGUUGGAGACAUCUCGGCGCUACAAUCCAGAGAUUGAGAGCAUCACUUUUCUGAAGGACCUGAGCUAUAAUCGGGAUGACUUCGCCAAAGCAGGUCUGCAGUUUGAGUUCAUUAACCCCAUCUUUGAGUUCUCAAAGGGAAUGAAUGAGCUGCAACUCAAUGAUGCUGAAUAUGCACUUUUAAUCGCCAUCAACAUUUUCUCUGCAGAUCGACCGAAUGUGCAGGACCAGUCCCUGGUGGAGAGACUACAGCACACCUAUGUGGAAGCCCUUCAUUCGUACAUUUGCAUCAAUAGACCAAAUGAUCACCUGAUGUUUCCACGGAUGUUAAUGAAGCUGGUCAGUCUUCGGACACUAAGUAGUGUUCACUCUGAACAGGGGUGGAAGAGAAGAGAGAAAGGUGGGAAGGACUGGUACCUAGGCAAGGUAGGUGUGGUGGAAGGAUCUCCAAAACUUGCAAGAAUUUGGAGCAUAUGGCAUGUGUUCCAAGGUGAGUGUGAAGAUGUAUCGGCCAAGGAGAGAGGACACACUGCUCUUAGUGAAAUAUGUGGGCAUUGCACAAGCUGUGGGCUGCACAACUCUCAGAUCGUGGGCUGCAGGAAUAUUGAGUGUUACUUCCUCUGCUUGCAUCUUCUUCCUCAUGCCAAAGUCUUUCCAAGGUACUUUCUCAAAGUUCCAGUGGUUAUGAUGGGAUAUGGAGGUCCCUGCUGUAUGAGGAGUGCCAACUGCUUUAGAAGGACACUUGGGUCCUGUAUCCUUCCUUCACGUUGGGCACAGUGAGAGCCACGCUGGAUUUAUGCCCCGCAUUCUUAAGUAUCCACAUCCAUAAGUAUUCUGGGACUUAAAGCAAUACUUGUCUGACAAGAGAAGCAUACUGUUCCAAAAUAUGUUCCUUAUUUUCCAAGAAACAGCAUCUUUAGGGCUGAUCUCAGAGAUGUAACCUGAAGUAUCCUGGUAGUUUGGUCUCAUGAGUCUUCUCUGUCAUAGGGGUCUGUUUGCUUGCCUGGUGAGCAUCCCGAGAGCCUACAUUCACAUGGCUCGUGUUGGUUUUUUUGUUGGUUUGUUGUUAAUUUUUGGCUGUGUAUCUGAGCGCUAUGCCCGUGGUGAGGGUAUUGUGUCCAUUUUGCACUUGAGGUUGGUCCCUUGCCACUGGCCUUCACUCUGCACCUUUGUAAAGCACUUGUAACAAUCCGUAAAAUAAUCUGUUGUUUUUUAUAACUCAUUGCAAUUGCAAAAAAAAAAAAAAAAAUCUUGUUUAAAUCUGUAUUUUUAACUAAUCUGUUUGAGAAAUGUUAAUGUUUAUAUAAAAGAAUAAAGCCUAAUACAGGA